AUGACUUUCAAAGCGUCCCGAAGAUGCAUCGAGAUCAGCCACUUAGCCUACGCCGAUGACAUAAUCAUCUUCACGCAAGCGGCCUCCACCCCCCUGCAGCGGCUCAGAUCGUGCCUUAAUGAGUAUGAGAAAAUUUCCGGACAACAAAUCAAUCUUGCCAAAAGCAACUUCUACAUUGACGAAACCCACGAGCAAUGGGCGGCCUCAAUUCAAACGGAUGGAGGCUUCUCUCGGGGAACCUUCCCUUUCCUCUACCUCGGUGUCCCCACCUAUCGAGGUGUGAAGCGGACAGAUAUGUUUUUGUUCCUCCGGGAAAAGAUAGCAAAGAGGAUCUCUGGAUGGGCCCAUCGCCACCUAUCCUUUGGAGGAAGGCUUACCCUUAUCAAGAGUACCCUUGAGGCUAUACCUUUGCACAUCUACCAAGCUGUUGAGCCAACGGCGGGCACCAUCAAGCAGCUUGAUCAACAAUUGGCACGGUUCUUCUGGGGCUCUACUACCGAUAGGAAAAGGACUCAUUGGAUCAGCUGA